GCAGCCAUGGGCAAGCACAGCAGCAAGCUGGCCCCAGAGAUGCUGGAUGACCUGGUGAGGAGCACAGAGUUCAGCGAGCAGGAGCUCAAGCAGUGGUACAAAGGCUUCCUCAAGGACUGCCCCACUGGCAUCCUCAACCUGGAGGAGUUCCAGCAGCUCUACAUCAAGUUCUUCCCCUAUGGAGAUGCCUCCAAGUUUGCCCAGCAUGCCUUCCGCACCUUCGACAAGAACGGGGACGGCACCAUCGACUUCCGGGAGUUCAUCUGCGCCCUGUCCGUCACCUCCAGGGGCACCUUCGAGCAGAAACUCAACUGGGCCUUUGAGAUGUAUGACCUGGAUGGGGAUGGGAAGAUCACACGCCUGGAGAUGCUGGAGAUCAUCGAGGCCAUUUACAAGAUGGUGGGGACUGUGAUCAUGAUGAGGAUGAACCAGGAUGGGCUGACACCCCAGCAGCGUGUGGACAAGAUCUUCACAAAGAUGGACAAGGACAAGGAUGAUCAAAUCUCCCUGGAGGAGUUCAAGGAAGCAGCCAAGAGUGACCCCUCCAUCGUCCUCCUCCUGCAGUGUGACAUGCAGAAAUAG